UCCUACAGCACGUGAAAUGUCUGCUAUAUUAAAUGGCGGCGUAUAAAUGAGUUAUAACAAGGCUACUUAAAACACUUGAUGUAAGGCAAUAACUGUACAAGUACAGUAAGUAGGACAAUUCCUUUUCAUCAUAUACUGUAUUUUUGUUCUGUGCAUGUCUAGCAUGCCUUGAUUAAUCACUUCGACAUUCUGGCACGUCUACCUUUUUAAUGUACAGAUUUUGUGUUGGGCAAAUUAAUUGAAGCAUAUUGAUGUUUCUGUGCCAGGAUGACAUUCUGGUCCCGGUAUGAUCCCGUGGCCGUCAGACCCAAGGGAAACACAGACCACUGGGCCAAGAUGAAAUUACGGGCGCUGUCAUACUCUGCCCCAGCAGGAGUGAGGAGAAUGGACAUAGGACCUACUUGGAGUAUGCCACAACAGAGUGAUCAAGUAACUUUAAGGUCAACAGACGAUUACCUGAAGUUUAUACGCAAUGACGACGCUUGGAAUCGCGAGUCGGCAGGUCACGGGCAGGUGCGCUUCCGAUUUGAGGCCGACGGCACGGUGUCCCAAAUACCAAAGGAACAGCGCUUUGACGACAUACUUGCCCAACAUCUCGGCGGGAACUUGCCAGGAAGCUAUAACAAGCGCCCAAAAAGCCUGACAUAUAAAGAAAAACUACACACAACGUUCAACCAGAGAGCAAAGGAAGGGUUCCAGUACUGGUUGAUAAAGAGGCCAGAGCCUACGAAAUUUGGAAGAUACGGUAUCGGUUCAUACAAAACAGUACUAGGAAUUGGCAACGCGCCAAGAACAUAAUCGCUCUCAUCCCUCCAUUGGAACACUUUCGCAAAAGAAACCCACCACCAAAAUCCCGGAAUACUAGCAUCACUAAACCAGUGGGCAGCAGCACCAGGCGGCCUAGCGUAGACCUCUCAGACCGCCCCGAUUGGAGCUAAUCGGGCCCGGGACAUGUAUAAUCGUGUGGUCGAAGAAACAGAUCAAUGGGCUUCUAGUAGGGUUGUAACGAGACUGAGUGAGAGAAGGUGAAUUUUAUUUUGAC